AGUAACAGCGUGAUAUUGACACAUACCAAUUUGUUCGUGGAAUCUGGAUUGUUAUGAGAAUAUCGAGCCCUAUUGUUGUUUGUGUCUAAAAUGACGAGUUGCACGGUCAGUUAAUCGCAAGAAUCGAAGAAAACGAUGCCUGAGUGGAGAAAGCGUCGGAAUAACAGGGCUUAAAGUACUCACAAUCACAGGUGGUUGAUCUAAUAUGGAUAGGUGUGGCAGCAUACCACAUACCAUUAAACGAAAAUGUUCUGACAUUUCAAAUGAUGUUGGUCAUACAGGUAAAAAGACUCGACUACAAGUCACUAUCCCUAAGCUCAAACUGUCUGAACAACAGUUACAAGGAUUAAAAAAAUUGACCACAAAACUCCAAAGGGCAUCAGUUAACAAGGAAUGUGGAAUUCCCUCAAGUAUCACUGGUGUUGCAAACACAUCAACUAUGGAGGAAGUUGCAGACCUGGCACCAUCAACGGCUCAAACAGUAAGAAGAAAAGAAACAAUUACUGAAAAGGAGAGUCCUGUGAGGCACAGCUUGUCAGACCUCUUGAGUGGAUCAUCUGUCAUCUCUCACAUUGAAACAUACCCUGAUUGUGAAGAGAUUGAUGUGGAAAGGAAUGUAUGUGAGGUACCUACUGGGAAGAGUUGUCUCAAUCGAAAGUCACCGAAGGCUUGUUUGUUUUAUUCAGAUGAGCCCCUUCCUAGUGAGAAUGGUGGCUCUCCAUCUUUAUGGAACAAAGACUGUAUUACAGUACCUUGUUAUCCAGAUGUUGUGUCUGAGACUUGCCAGCAGGUGGCAGAAGAUUUUGGCAAGACAUCAUGGAAUUAUAAUGGCCAAGAAGCUGGUCUCAAAACUGCAAAUACUGAGCAAGAUGAAUCAGGUUGUUGUAAAGAGAACCAACAGUUGCAAUCUGGAAACAACAAAGAUAUUUUUUCAGAUGAUUACAAGGAUGAGCCAGAAUCUUUAAGUGCUAAUCACUACCAGAGUAUUGUUGAGGUUAUGAAUUCCCUCCUGACAAGUUUUGCUGAAGAAAAGGAAGCAAAGGCACAGCUGGAAGAAAAGAACCAAGAACUUUAUUCAGAGUGUGAAAGACUGAAGAAACUUGUAAAGGACUUUCAACUUACCUCAACGGCGAAAGCUGAAACUGUCUCGAGAGGGAUUCAAAUUAAUAUGGACUUGAGCCUCCGCCGCGGGAGAGCUGUUGAUAGGGCAACCUCCCCAGUUGGGAUAAGGGGUCCCUCUCCAGAUGUUACCCUUCUCUCAUAUUCUAUCGGAUGUCAGGCAAGUCCAGAAGAAGUAGCACCCCCAAAGAAAAUGACGUCCAGUUUUUGUCAAACAGAUCCUGAAGUUAUGCUUGGAUUGCCACCACGAUCCUCAACGGAAAAUGCUGUUGCUACGAGGGUGCAAGGCAUUGUCAUGCCUAGCAUCCAGGGAAGAGCUCCUGUUGAGCCUCUUGUUAGCAAUCCCAAGCCGCCAAACCCCUUUCAAGUGGCAUAUAACUCACCAAUUCUUUGUCAACCAGGAACUGGAAUGAAUGUUCCACAAGUAGAUUUUCAUCCUCCACCGUUUACACAAGGACAAAGGUCAAGCGACUUGAUGAGCAAACAGCUCUACACAACCAGUCUCGAUACUCGUUACCCCGUGAAUAUUGCGCAGACUUCGGGUUCUAAUACUGUAGGUUACCAGAUUUCAAAUUACAAUGCUGCAGGUUACCAUUCAAGGGUACCGAAUGCGGUUGACUCAAAUUCAACUCCACCACAGUUGUUCGAAAGUCAUCAAUAUACUUCUAAAAGUAUUUAUGACAAACAUGCUCAACAAAUUGCAACAAAUCUCUGUUCAAAUGUUCCAGGGCCUGUUCCUCAGCAAGUAAGGUUAAGUCAUUUCCCAGACCAGAGCUUUACUUCUUUGAAUCAGAUGUUACCGUACACUAAACAAAUAUUGCCAACGUUUCGAGAUACGUUCCCAGGAGAGCAACAGUGGUCAAACCAAGCGGGGAACGUUCGUCCUAACGCGACCUUUCCAAACACUGAAAUAAUGACGCCAAAUCACCAAGUAACAGCACGCAGGAAUUCUGUUUCUAUAAACCAAACGCAUAAUGGAAAUGCAUCCUCCAGCAGUUCUCCCGCACAGAACAUAGGGACACAACAGCAUUCUGCCCUGCGGCAGACAGCUCCUAUGCAUUUAUCGCAGCUAUUUAGACAUUCUCCUUGUUAUGUUCAAACGAGCGCACAACGGUACAAUAGUGAAAUGCGGCUUCUGAUUACGCGUCAGGCUUCGAAAGAGUGUGUGCAGUUGUCCAGGCGCUGUGAGCAACCAUUGUCCUCUCCUCAUGGAUUCUCACAGGGUAGUAAUGUUCAGACAGCCAUUCCGCAGCAUGUGGAGGGAGUGCCAUCACAGCAUAGAAGAAUUGAGGCGUAUGAGGGGCAGACGUGCACUCGACUGAACAACCCACCUGCAACAGAGAGGGUACCAGUCAUGUCGAAGUGGACAGCUAAGGGCAAGGAACAAAUUAAACCGAAUUUAUCAUCGUCACCGGCAUCAAACAGCUUCAACAUUUCGCAGGGAACGUCAGUCGAUGGAACCUUAGCUCAACGAGCACCAUCUCACAUCCAAACUUCGAACCCCUAUGGCGAAGUUCAGGUUCAGCGUGUGUACAGUGAGUCACAAGGCACAUCCAGCAAUGAUAAACAACCAGUCAAUGUUGUAAACGAACCGAACACUUAUCUAACACAGCUUCCUAGCGUGAGUCAGCAGUCUCAACUAAUGGUCUCGCGUUCAAAUCAUGUAGUCUCCAUGUCAGAGCAAAGAUCAGUCCCUCAUGAAACUACCACAGCUAACACACUUCCGCAUGAUGCUACAAACCGAUUGGAAUCCAGCCAAACAUCGACACAUGUUACAUACUCUGAUAGAAACUUGAUAGGUGGAACGGUUGAACGCACUGUGCUUUUUAGUCAUGAAAAGGUCUCUGGGAGCGUCGUUUGAAACUUACAUUCGGGAGAAACGGAAGCUCAAGGGGAGAACAUCAGUAGCGACAACAAAACCUGGAAAACAACUCCCAAUAACCAGAAAAACAAUCCAGGAGAGGCUGAUUUACAUUUAACUGAUGUUGAUGUUGGGUAUGGAAAGGAGGAUUUAAGUAGCUCCAUUAAUUUAUGUGGAUCGGCUUCCACACAAAUAGGCACUUCAGACCAAGAUGAUGGUACGCACAAGACAUCCAAGGAUGUGUUCAAAGUACCAUCGAAAACACCUGGUGGCGCCUCAGAGGAAACAGUCCAAAGACUCAUAGGUUUACAAGGUAGAAUCACUAACUCGGAAAACUCUUCUGAUGACCGAUGUGCGUCAGCAGACUCUAACAGUGAAUUGACAGAUAGUGUUUCAAAGGAAGUUAGUGGCCAAGAGGAAAAAGAAAAGGUUGAACCACAAGUAGUAGCGAGUGAAGAACUUGACAGUAAUGGCAAAGAGGCUACAAACAGUUUGGAGGCUGACAAUAGUUUUCAAGACCUGUACGUAAAUCUUAUGUCCCCAGUUAUUCCAAAACUGACCAUGCCGAGGCGACGUCGUUCCAUCUCACUUGAGCGCAGCAUGGAGGAUGUCGGGGAUGCAUCAAGCACCUCCAAUGUAGCUGGGUCCUCAAAUGUCAAGGGUAACAGUGACCAAAAUAGUGACUUUGGAGCCUUACACGAACUAGCCGGGUAUGAAGAGGGUGCAAACGAUUUUUUAAGAAGGGAGCAAGAAAAAGAAAUAAUGUUCAGAACAGAACCUACUGAUGAGGCUGACAGCCAUGAACUUGAAAAUGGAACACUUGGUGGCAUUAGCAAGCAGGAUGGUGACAAUGACCACGACAGUACUUCUUCCAAGGAUACAGUUGAAGAAGAACAACAAGAUACUUGCAGUACUAAGGAUCACGAGAUGUAUACGCUGAUGGACUCAGAAAGUGCGACAUCGGAACCAAGCAGUUUAUCAUCAUCAGUCUCAAGGAACGAAGGAUCAGAAGAGAAAUUUGAUGUUACACCAAACGUCACUGUGGAAGAAUCACAGGGCACGUGCAGUACCAAAAAUCAGGAAAUAAAUACUUCGACAGAUUCAGUAUGUGUGACCGCACCACAAAGCAAGCCAUCCGCCUCAGUCUCAAUUACCCAGGAAGCUGUAAGGACCUCCGCUACUCAGAAUGAGAGAUUAGGGUUACCAAAGAACAUUGCGAAAGAAUCAGAACCUUUUGGAAGGGGCACUUCGAUGGAUCUUGACAAUUCGAAACGGGGUGAAUGUAACCCUAUGCCCCAAGCUAAAGGUUACGGGGAAGAUCAAAACGCGUGUGCAAGGCAAGGAAAUGUCUUCAAAGAAUCUGUAGAUACGCACUGUGAUACCGGAGAACCAUUAUCAACUUCUCCCUUGAAAGUAGAAACAAGCCGUAGCGAUUGCAUGAGUACAUCAUCAAGAACGGAUGUUAAAUCAGACGCGGAGCAAUGUAGACUGUUUGUGGUGAAUUCAAAAGGUCCACAUAAACAAGCCUCAGCCUUUCUUUCUCAAGUCUCGCGCCCCUUAGAGGAGACGUUGGAGCAGAACAAAGCAGUAUCAAAUUCUUUAGCAAAAAAUGGGCUAAAUGAAAAAAGGGCUUCUCCUAACAGUAUAAAAAAAUCCGAAGAGACAAACUUACUUCCGAUUCCUCGAGUUGCUCUGCGUUUUGAGAAUGGAGGCACUGUGGAGCUAAUGUGGGACUUACCUCCUGAUAGCAAAAUUGCGGAUGUAAAUUAUUUCGAAGUUUGUGCAAUAAUGGUGACUCUGAAUACACAGGGCCACCAGUUUGGUCGAUGGGUGAAAAUUGUAGAAACGAAACCAACUAAACUUCCUAUGGUAUAUAAAAUACGUAGUUUGUUGAGCAAAACGGCCUCACUUCAGAAUUUCGUAGUCCGGGCGAUUGGCAACAACGGACAACCUGGGCCUUACGUCUCACCAGCCGCUAUUUCAUAAUCAUGAUGUGUUUUGUUUGGGUGGUUAUUCGAUGCGUUUUACCCUGAGCAUUUUAUUAAUCCUGAUUCAUUUGCUCAUUGCUCGUCCUAAAAUUUUCAUGGUAGAACCUAUUGUAAUUGUCACUGUGUAGAGCUGGCCUACAGUUAAGGUUCUGUUGAAAACUAUUUUUAAAAAGAAAUGAGAAUAUGUGUGCUAAUUGAGCCCAGAUAGAAAAGUUUUUGUUUCAUAGUUAUAUUUUCAUACGGUUAGUGGAAAGAAAUACUUCUUAAAAAUGUUUCAACUCGGAACAAAAUUGAUCUUUUUGUUCUUUUUCGCUUUGAAAUUAUGUCUGGAAAGCGUUGUUUUAAAUAGUUUUGCCAAUAAAAUAUAUUUUGUCGGAA